AUGGCAGAGUCCCACCUGCAGUCGCCCCUCAUCUCGGCCUCACAGUUUUUUGAGAUCUGGCUUCACUUCGAUGCUGACGGGAGUGGGUACCUGGAAGGCAAGGAGCUGCAGAGCCUGGUCCAGGAGCUCCAGCAGGCGCGGAAGAAGGCGGGGCUGGAGCUGUCGCCCGAGAUGAAAGCUUUUGUGGACCAGUACGGGCAGAAGGAUGAUGGGAAGAUAGGAAUUGUGGAGCUGGCGCACGUGCUGCCCACGGAGGAGAACUUCCUGCUGCUGUUCCGGUGCCAGCAGCUCAGGUCCUGCGAGGAGUUCAUGAAGACAUGGAGGAAGUACGACACUGACCACAGCGGCUUCAUCGAGACGGAGGAGCUGAAGAACUUCCUCAAGGACCUGCUGGAGAGAGCCAACAAGACGGUGGAUGAGGCGAAGCUGGCCGAGUACACAGACCUCAUGCUGAAAUUGUUUGAUUCAAAUAAUGACGGGAAGCUGGAGUUAACCGAGAUGGCCCGGCUACUACCAGUGCAGGAGAAUUUUCUUCUUAAAUUUCAGGGCGUCAAAAUGUGUGGGAAAGAGUUCAAUAAAGCUUUCGAGUUAUAUGACCAGGACGGCAAUGGCUACAUCGAUGAACAUGAGCUCGACGCUUUGCUGAAGGAUCUGUGCGAGAAGAACAAGCAGGACCUGGACAUUAACAGCAUCCCCAACUACAAGAAGAGCAUCAUGGCCUUGUCCGACGGCGGGAAGCUGUACCGGACGGACCUCGCCCUCAUCCUCUCUGCUGGGGACAACUAGAGUGGUAACUCGGCCACUCG